UGUUCUCUCAUGCAUGGGAAGGCAGCCUGUCAGGUUUCGCCACCCAACAAUAAACCUCCCUUACUCUGAUGUCUGGUGUGUUUUCUGGUGAUCUUUCAUUGGUGCCAAAACCCAGGACCAGACUCUCCCAUCGACCUUGCUCUCCCCUUGGGGAUCUGAGCUGCUUUGGGAUUCCGGACUUCUGCCAACCACAAAACUCACCCCUGGCCUCCCUUCACUAUUGAAUGCUCUGUGAUUCCCAUCUACACGCUGGCCCUUCAAAAUCCUGAGAAACCUAAAAGAUGACUAAAACGAAGUAUGCAACCAUUGAAAAUUCCCGAGCAAGGCCAAAUGGCACAUCAGGCAAUGGCUUGGUAAAACCUGCCAAGCUGAGAAGGUCCCAACAGAAGGCUGCAGAAGAAGUCUGCCAAAUAUACAAUAUGAAGCUACGCUCUGGCCUUACCAUAGAAAAGAAGGCCUGUUACUUUAGGAGAGGAAUCACCAAAAAGCCAGAUGGAAAAUUCCAAGUCGAAGCUUUGCGGGGACCGUCCUUCACUGAAGCAGGCAGGACUGAAGAAUACUUGGAACAUACGGGAACACAGGCUGCUCUAAGUAGUUUCCUAGAAUAUCCUGCCUCUCUGAGCACAUACAACGAUAAAUCAGUUACUUUUACUUUGGUGGAUAAAAGUUAUGUGAUCAAUGUUGGAGACAAGGGGAAGAAACAAAAGAAAGACAAGGUGUUACUGCGUUACUAUGAGUCCCCGUACUCCUCAAGUGAAUCAGGUGAUGGCGUUGAUGGUAAGAUGUUAAUGGUAAACAUGAGUCCAACAAAUGACGCACAUCUCUUGCUGCAUGCCAACAAGAAGAAGCACUCCGUAGAGUUUCACAGGUAUGAAAACAGAUUAUCAGACCUAGCUUUCUUUGUCGUUCACAAGGAGUCUUCGGAAUGUGUUUCAUUCGAAUGUAAAAGCCAUCGCGGAACAUAUUUAGGAGUAAAAGAUAAUCACCUUGGCCUAAUACAAGGAAAGAAUCCAGGCAGUGAGAAUAUUCUGUUUAAGCUCUCUUAGACGUAAUGUAAUAGAAAACUGGAUCCUAGCUUCAGUAGCCUACAUACUACCACUGGAGGAGGAGUAAGAGAUAAAGAAACACACAAUAUCUAAGAAGAAUGAAGAGUACUUCGAAUGAUGUGGAAUGGUUUCUUUAUUAUGUGUGGAAUUUUUUCUAAUCCUUUAGUUCUGUGUUUAUAUCCCUGUGUAUCACUAUAUAUUCAAUACAAGUAUGAUAGUAUUAAAUAGGGUAUUGAGGGGUGGGUGUUAGGAAACAGCAGUUACGUUGACACUUGCAAUACCCACAUCCCAUAUCAGAAUCCCUGGGUUUGAGUCUCAGCUCUGCUUCUGAUCCAGCUUUCUGCUAAUUCACACCCUGAGAGGCAGCAGGUAAUAGCUCAAUUACUUUGGUGUCCGCCACCCACAUGGGACACAUGGAUUGAGUUUCAGUCUCCUGCCUUCAGCUGGGCCCAGCCCUGGCUGUUGCAUGCAUUUGUGGAGUGAAACAUUAAAUGGAAGAUACCUCUCUCUCUUCCUCUUCCUAUUCCUACAUCUCUUCCUUCUCCUCCUCCUUUUCUCCUCCUCUUCUCUGCCUCCUCCUCCUUGUUCUUUUCUCUCUCUUUCUCUGUCUUACUUUCUCUUUUCAAGUAAAUAGUAUAUUGAUAAAGAAAUUUGCCAAAGAGAUAUAGAUUGACCUUUAUUUUUUUUCUACCUUGAGUCCAUGAAGAAUUUUACAUUUAGAGCUGACACCUCCAGGAAAAAGCAAGGUUCAUAGCUGAAGUCUCUCUUUAUAUAGGGGUCCAUUUUAAAGAGCUAUAUAAGGAUAUCACUGUCCUUGGUUCCAAACAAUAGAUUCAAACACUAAAGCUGCUACUAAAAAGAUUAUAUGCAGCACAGCUUGACCAUUUCUCAACUAGAAUAAGACACUAAGUUAGUUUAUAGAUGUUCUAAGUAACACUCCGAUUAACAGUUUCUAGCUUUCAAGGAUUUGCAGAACUUCAAAUGUCUACAUGUCUAGGUAGGUAUUAUAAAUGUAUGAAAAAGUAAGGAUAAUUGAAAAAUUAUGAAAAAUAAAUCCAGCUUUAUAAAGUGAUAAUUUUACCUCUUAUUGUUUCAGUUUAGAUCAUGAUUUUAUACACUGAGUUAACUUUAAGCAAACCAUUCUUAGAAUAGGAAGUGAAAUAAACUUUAAUUCACAAAUAUCAUUGAAACUAUUAGAAUAGCUAACAUAUAAAAACUUUUUAUAAAGAGUACUGAACCACAACACAUAUUAGGGCAUACAAGCAGCAAGGGAUCAAAGUAAAAUGGUGAGGCCAGAAGUCCCCUAACCUACUACAGCUCAGAUGAGAUACAUAAUUAAUACUAAUGUUUCAAUAAUUGGAUAUCCCUCAUGUUUGUAGAAUAUCAUGUCCCUGUGAUGCUGGUUUCCAGGGAUCUAUGACUUUAUAUUCAUCAUUCCAAUCAAAAUUUGUUCUAAUCCUUGUACAACACAUCUCUUAUUUUUAAAAAUGUAUUUUAUGGGGGCUGGCAUUGUGGCAUAGUGGGUUAAGCCACCACCUGCGAUGCCAGCAUUCCAUAUGAGCACUGUUUCAAGUCCCAGCUGCUCUACUUCAACCCAGCUUCUUUCUAAUGAGCCUGGGAAAACAGUGGAAUAUAGUUCAAGUACAUGGGCCCUUGUUUCCCACAUGGGAGACCUGAAUGGAGUUCCAGGUUCCUGGCUUCCAGUUAGCCCAGCCUAAGUCCACAACAGUCCCAGGCCAGGCCAGAGGCUAAAAAGCAAGGAACCAGGAACCUAAUCCAGGUCUCCCAUGUGAAUCAGGUGGAUGGCAGGAACCCAACCACUUGAGCCGUCACUGCUGCCUUCCAGGAUCUGAGCCAGAGCCAGGACUUGAAACAAGGUACACUGGGACCGGCACUGUGGCAUAGCAAGUAAAACCACCACCUGGAGUGCCAGCAUCCCAUAUGGGCGCUGUUUAGAGUCCUGGCUGCUCUGUUUCCAAUUCAGCUCUCUGCUAUAACCUGGGAAAGCAAUGGGAAAAAGCCUGGGAAAACAAUGGAUGAUGGCCCAGGUCCUUGGGCCCCUUCACCUGCAUGGGAGAUCCAGAAGAAACUCCUGGUUCCUGGGUUUGGAUCGGCUCAGCUCCAGCCGUUGCGACCAUUUGGAGAGUGAAGAGCAGAUGGAAGACUUUCUCUCUCUCUCUCUUUCUCUCUUUCUCUGCUUCUACCUCUCUCUAACUCUGACUUUCAAGUAAAUAGAUAAAAUCUAAGAAAAGAAAUGAAAUGAAAUGAAACGAAAUGAAAAGAAAAGAAAACGAGGUACUCUGAUAUGGGAUGCUGGCACCUUCACUCAUGUGUUAACUGUUACAACAAACGCUUGCCUCAUACAGAUCUUUUGUUCCCAGCUUCUUGGUGACUCUGCUCACUGUAGAAUAUUCAUUUAACUUCUGUCCCUUCUUCAGUUCUUUUGACCAACUUUCUCCUUAAUAUGUAUUUUGUAUCUACUGAGCUUCAUUUUCAUUUAGUCAGACCUCUAGAGGGCCAAUAACCAGGUUCUGCUUUGUCUACAUAACAUUGUUAAUGUUACAUAAACUACCGAUGGCAAUAGUUUUCAGUAAAUAUCUUUGUGUUUUACUCUUACUAAGGUAGCAAAAUCUAUACUCAACCAUAUCAUAGCUUUUCAACUACUAAAGGAAUAAUUUUUGCUUAGGUAAAACUUUAUUUUAAAGCAAUUUCUAUAAUAAUUUUAAUAGACAACAUUUAACUGACAAAUGUAAUAACAAGAAACUGAGGAAACAGGAUAUUUUCUGAAAGUAUAGGUUUUCAAAUUCCUAACUGGUUGUGACUUAUUGCAUAUAUUUGUUGCUGGUCUCUAAGAUAAAAGUGCUUAGAAUUAUUAUACAAGAUUGCACAAUUAUAUAAAACUACUUUGCCAACAACUUUACUAUAAAGACAUAAAUAAAGGAGAACCUGUAUUAUCUCCUCUGAAAAACACUAAAUAUUGAUUAUGCCUCUGCACUGUAUAUUAAAAUGAUUAUUAUUAAGUAACUAAAUAUAUUCAUUAUAUUUUUAUAUUCUUGAAUAAAAAGUAUUUUUCAAAAUUA